AUGGAGAACAGGUCAUCUUCUGACUUGAGACUUGCAGCCAUUGUUUUCGCUCUUCUUGCUCUGAUAAGGCCGUCAUUCAAUAUCGGUAGAAGAGCACAGAUGCUAGAAGAUGAAGACGGAAGCCGAAGCUUAGUCUCUUGGCUGCCGUUGUUGCUUGUUCUUGUGAUUUUAGGAAUCAACGUCGUGCAAUUCACUGACAAGAGGUUCAUGAAGUUUGAUCCUUAUUGGAUACACAGAGUAGGAGGUUCAUCAUUGGGGAUUGCUGCUCUCCUUCUCAUGCUUGCUCUAAUUCUCAGGUGUAAGGCUUCUCUUGGUAGUUAA